AUGAUGGUCGUUCAAAUUACCUUUACAUUUCUAUUACUUAUUUUCCAUAUACUCAAUGGAACAUUUGGUUUAUUUACUAAUCAAACAAAUAGUACAACAACAUCAUUACCAAUACAAAAUUCAACAAUAUUGGAGAAAAAACUUGCAAAAUAUACACUUCAAGAAAAAUCUUCUAGCAUUCAAUAUAUGUCUGAAGUUGGUUCACGUUGUAGUGAUGAUGGAUUUUUUCCUGAUAAAGAUGAUUGUCGAAAAUUUCAUGUUUGUUAUAGUGGUACUCAAUCAGUUCGUUGGUGUAAAGAAGGAAUGUUAUGGGAUGAAAUAAAGAUUGGUUGUAGUAUGCAAAAUAUUACAAAAUGUACUGGUGGACGAAAAAAAUGGACACGAGAUGAAGAUUUAACAACAACAACAACAAUGACACCAAAAACUUUCAAAGGAAAUUAUACAUGUCGAGUAGGUGCUAGUGGAUUAUUUGCUGAUCCAAGUUCAUGUACAAUUUAUCAUUGGUGUGUUCUUGGUGUACUUCAUUCAACACAUUUUUGUAAUCCUGGUUUACAUUUUUCAGCAAGUGCUAGUGGAUGUGUUUGGCCAAAAGAUGCUGAAUGUGAAGGACAAAUUGCACCACCUUAUUCAUCAAUUGAAUGUGCAUUAGGUAGUUCAGGUUAUUUUCCUGAUCCUUAUGAUUGUUCAGUAUUUCAUUAUUGUGAUGGAGUUCGAGUUCUUAGUGAAUCAUUACUUUGUUCGGCUGGUCGUGUAUGGAGUUCAAGAUUAGAAAAUUGUGCUUGGCCUCAUGAAGUACUUGAAUGUCAAAAUUCAUGUCCUGCAAAUUAUUCAAGUCAAAUGCGUUUUGCUGUUCCAAUGGUAUGUUCUCAAUAUAUUCAAUGUGUUGAUGGACAUUUAGAACAACGAACAUGUCCAUAUAAUUUUCUUUUUGAUCGUAUUACAAAAACAUGUGUCCCAUAUGAACAAGCAGAAUGUCAUGGUAAUAAAGCGGACAUAUUAUUAACAACAACAAUUUCUCCAUGUAAGUUUAGACAAUAUUUACUUGAACUAAAGGAAAAUCCUCUUAUUUAUUUAAAAUAA